AUUUUCCCAAGUAUUUUCAAGAACCGGAUAUAAAUAGGUGAAAUUUUGUCACGUCCCCACCCGUUUUCCUUUUUCUAUACAUAUAAUAAUUUCUACACAGUAAAAUUCAGUCUCACCGGGCCAGCAUCCCCCAGGCCAUUUUGCUCUCCAAUUUGAUCGAAUUCAUCAGAAACCAUCUAAAGUAAAUUUCGUGCCUAGCAGCGAUGUCCCAGCAGCCCAAGAGCUCAGAUGAUGAAAAUCAAACGGUUAGCGUCUUUCAGCUUCAGAAUAUCAUCCUCUUCCUUUUUUAUUUUAUUUUUUUUGGUUGUCUGGAAAUUUUUGAAUCAACGGCGUGAAUUUUUUAUGUGUUGGUCACACUUUAAAUUUUUGGGAUUUCUGUUAAUUUCUGUAUGGUAUUAAUGACAUGAUUUGGUAUAUUCAUAGCUAGUAAAUUGCUGCUUGUAGUUUUUUUCCUCUUUUUUUUUUCCUGUGGGAAAUUUUUCCAUUUUCCAUGGGGUAAUUGUUCAUAGAAAGUUCAGAAACAUAGAAUUGCUGAUGAUUGAUGAAUUUAUGAAAUUAUGAAGUAUGUACCACUAAUUGAUUGUUAUUUGGUUCAAAGAAGAAAACUUUGAGUUGAAUUUGGAGAAUUGCAUUGUGUAAAUGUGCUAUUAAGAUGAUGAACUCAUGAUUAUAAGUUGAAACUUGGAAGUUGCUAUGAUUCUAUUUAACAAGUAUAAUUAUAUCAUCAUGUCUUGAAUCUUUGUGAGUGGGGUAAUUGGAUGCAACUUGACAUUUCCAGUUAUUCUGUUUUCCUGUUGUGGAGUAGGAAAUGUACAUUCGAGUAAAGAGGAACAAGACCACAUACUUCUUGCAAUGUCUUCCUAGUGAAAAAGUUCUGCAGAUCAAGGAGAAGUUGCAAGUCCUUAUCGACGAACCAGUUAAUAAUCAGCGAUUAAUUCUGAUUCAAACUGGAGAAGUACUAGACGAUUCAAAGUCACUAGCUGAUCAGAAGGUUGAAAACGAUGCUGCUGUGGCACUCACCUUGAGAAAAGGUUCCGUCCCUUUCUUAUUUUCACUUCAAAGCCAUUUUUUGAUUACUCUGUUGUAAGUAGCUUUUACCUGAUGUUCCUAAUGAUGAGUUCAACAACAGUGAAUUGAUGUACUCUGUUACGGUUUAGUUGAUUAGCACUUCAUGUAAAAUACUUUCAUACUAUGCGGCAUUUCUAUAAUGAAUUUAGAUGUAAAAUUUGGAAGUCCAAGGAACUGAGGCUGGGCGUUUAACCAUUUGAAGGAUGGGAAGGGGAAUCUAAUAAAAUGGAGCACUUACAUACUGUUUCAAAAUAAUCUAAUACACUGUGGUUUCUGUUGUGUUUUUCUGUAUCUUUGAUCUUUCAGUUUAACUUAGGAGUUGUGUUUCUUGCUGUUUUGAAGUGCCCUUUCCAUUUUGGUAGCCUUAGGGACAUUGAUUCUGUAACUGAAAAAUAAGAAUAAUUGCACUUAUCUUUUCUCUGGAUUUUUCACCCUCCUAGUCAUAUUUCUAGAUAUUAACUGGACUCUGCCUUAGGCUUGGGCAUUUUUUCCCUCAUCUUCCUCCCCUACCCCUGAACAUAUUAUUGAAGAGCAAAGGAAGCAUUAUGGGAUUCAAAGUUUUCAUUUGAUGUUGAAUUAAUUAGUGUGGUUCCUCUAGUAGUUUACUUGCUAAGACAAACACAAAGACACUGUCAGGUGACUGAGCAGAUCUCCCAUAUCUUAACACGAUGCAGUAAUGUAAGCUUUCUCAAUAGGCAAACCCCCUAGGCCCUCUUGUGUUCUACUUUGUAUGACGAAACUGCAUUAUCAAUGGGUAUUGUACUUGACUUAAUGUAAAUUCUACCAAAUACUUGGCUGUCUGUGUCUAGUACUCAAAACAAUAUGCAUAUAAAAGCUCGGUACAUGUUACUUUCUUUAGAUGGAAGUCAAAGCCUCUAUUGAGUUGUGGCCUGGGAUUUGAAUCAAAGCGUCUAGUUGAGUGUGGAGAAACCUUGCAAGUUCAGAAAUUUAAGUUCUGUAUCUUGAAAUUCUGCACACCUUCUUUCCAGUUUUUUGUGUUAAUCUAUUCAUUUUUGGGUUGCAAAAGAGUGUGUGUAAUAAUUUUCGUUCGAAUACACUCACAUUGUUUUGCAUCACCUGCGACUAACCAGCUUUCUAAAUCCUUUGUAUUGUUUUACAGCUGACAACGAAUUUGAGGAUGUUAAUGUUGUGAAACCAGAUGACUAUAUCCGCGAUGGGGAUGGUGGCUCAAAUUGGUGACCUUCGCAGGAGCUGAAAUUGUUAAACAUUAUCCUCUGCAUUUUAUUGCUGAUUAACUUGUUACCUGUUAGUUGGACUUUUUACUAUAGCACUAAAAGUUGAUUUGUUCUAAGGGUUUCAUUCAGGACUUAAUUACAAUACGAAGUUCGGACUAGAAUCUUGAUGCUUUUAUCUGUCCUUUUUGUCUUCCUUGCUUGUCAGAGGCCCCAAAGAAUCAUAUUAUCACUUGUAUUGAAAACAUAAAUGGAUGGACAUAAACCGGAUAGAAGGAAAUGAAAGGGCAGCCUGGCUUCUUAGAAUCCAAAAGCUGCGUAUGUGCUUAAACUGGUUAAUUAUGUUUGUUUCGUUUUUUUAGUGUAUGUUUUUAUGUGUUUUUUGUAUUAGAAAUGUAAAAAAGUAUGCUGAGAUAGGACAGUUAUUAUUUAAAUAUUUUGAAAAUACCAUAAAAAAACCUAACAAACAAAGGCCACUAAGGCUUGACAUGCGCAAUCUACUCAGGGAAUUUUGUACUUUUUGUCCAUAAUCUUUACUGUAAUAGCAAGUUUAGUCCACCACUCUUAAACCGAUGAAUUCACUUUGAUUAUUGUUAAUUUUCUUCAAUCUGAUACUUCAG